CGCCCUCCUGGCCCGUAACGCGCAGCACUCGCUGCCGCACUGCCUGGGAGCCCUGGAGCGCAUGGACUAUCCCGCGGGGAGCAUCGCCCUGUGGUGCGCGACGGACCACAACUCGGACAACACGACGGCGAUGCUGCGGGAGUGGCUGGGGGCGGUGGGGAAGGACUAUCACUCAGUGGCCUGGAAGGUGCAGGAGGAGCCCAGCUCCUACCCUGAUGAGCUCGGGCCCAAGCACUGGAGUGACAAACGCUACGAAAACCUGAUGAGGCUGAAGCAGGAGGCUCUCACCUACGCCCGAGAGCAGCAGGCGGACUACAUCCUGUUCGUGGACACCGACAGCAUCCUGACCAACAACCAGACCCUCAAGUUUCUCAUGGCACAGAACAAGUCGGUGGUGGCCCCCAUGCUGGACUCGCAGACCUUCUACUCCAACUUCUGGUGUGGCAUCACUCCCCAGGGGUACUACCGCCGGACGGCCGACUACUUCCCCACCAAGAACCGGCAGCGGGUGGGCUGCUUCGCCGUCCCCAUGGUCUACGCCACCUUCCUGAUCGACCUGCGGAAGGAGGAGACGUCGCGGUUGGCUUUCUACCCGCCCCAUCCCAACUACACCUGGGCCUUCGACGAUAUCAUCGUCUUCGCCUACUCCUGCCAGGCGGCCGGCGCGGAGGUCCAUGUGUGCAACCAGCAGCGCUUUGGCUACAUCAACGUCCCCGUGAAGGCCCACCAGACGCUGGAGGACGAACGUGCCAACUUUGUGCAUCUCACACUGGAGGCCAUGGUGGAUGGUCCCCCCAUGCAGCGCUCCAGGCACAUUUCUCUCCUCCCCAAGCCGCUCACGAAAAUAGGCUUUGAUGAAAUCUUCCUCAUCAACCUGGUGCGGAGGCCGGACCGGCGCCGGCGGAUGUUGGCGUCCCUGCGGGAGCUGGAGAUCGCCCCACAGGUGGUGGACGCCGUGGAUGGGAGCACCCUCAACAGCAGCGACAUCAAGGUGCUGGGCGUGGACCUGCUCCCCGGGUACUACGACCCCUUCUCCGGCCGCACGCUCACCAAGGGUGAGGUCGGCUGCUUCCUCAGCCACUACAACAUCUGGAAGGAGAUCGUGUCCCGGGGGCUGGAGCGGUCGGUGGUCUUCGAGGAUGACGUACGCUUCGAGGCCGCCUUCCCAGCGCGGCUGCGGCGGCUGAUGGAGGAGCUGGAGGGGGCGCAGCGGGACUGGGACCUCAUCUACCUGGGGAGGAAGCAGGUGAACGCGGAGGACGAGGCACCCGUGGAGGGUGUGCGAAACCUGGUGGUGGCCGGUUACUCGUACUGGACGCUGGCCUAUGCCAUCUCCCACCGCGGGGCGCAGAAGCUGCUGGCCGCCAAGCCCCUCUCCAAAAUGCUGCCGGUGGAUGAGUUCCUGCCCAUCAUGUAUGACAAGCACCCCAACGAGGAUUACAAGCAGCACUUCUCCCCCCGGGACCUGCUGGUUUUUUCGGCUCACCCCCUCCUGGUUUAUCCUACCCACUAUGCUGGGGACAGCAACUGGCUGAGCGACACCGAGACCUCCACCAUCUGGGACGACGAUGCCAAGAAGACCGACUGGGCUGGCUCGCAGAAGACCCUGAGGGACUCACGGGGCAGUGCCGGCCACCUCCGCUCCACUGCCCGUGACGAGCUCUGAUGGGACAAGGGAUUGUGACCCAGCUGGGAGCACCGUGGGCCAGUGGCGUGAUCCUGCCUGCUCCCUCUUCAGAGAUGCAGCUGCCCUGGACAGAUCCCCCCAAGGGUCCUUCGAAUCUGCAUGUAGCAAAUCCACCCAAGGCAGGAUUUGCCCCAGGGCUCUCAGAGAGCCCUUUCCCUGCCAGGUGGAGGGACAGGGGGAGCGCUGUGCUCUGUCUCUGCUGAGGACACGUCUCCAGGACCACCCUGAGCAAUGCCAACUCUGCCGUGUCCCACUGGCUUGGACUUUGGGGAGUGUUUUUCAGGCCUGGGGCUGGCUCCCGCGGUGGCACACGUGGCCUCCUGCCGCCGACCGGGCUUGUCCCUCGCCUGUGCCAUGUCUGGGCUGAAGCCAAGGGAGGAUUAAAGCAGACUGUGUUUGAGCUGA